UGCGGUGCGUACCGAAAGCGCAGAGGGAAAGAGCGAAACGCACACCAAAGUAAAAGGGAGCAGCGGCAGACGUAGAGCGUACGUGCGGAUGCGUGCCAAAGUGGGCCAGCCAGUAUCUUCAGCAAAGGGAACUGUCAAGAUGGCCGUCGCCAGUUAGUGCUGCCGUGUUGCUGUGUGGUAUUGUGUCAAAUGCAACACACCGCCCGAACCAGUGCGGACCACUCGAAGUGAUCAGAAGGGAAAAGCGUUCCUCCCCGUCCCCUUCCGACCCAAUCCCCGCGUGCGCGCGCGCGCGCCUGUGUGCAAGAAAACGGCUGCCGAAGCGACCAGCAGCAGCACCCUAGUCUAGCGUGUGUCUGCGUGUGUGUGUGUUUUUUUGUGGUGCCCUGCCCCCUGGUCAAUCCCCCAGGCAUACGGAGUGAAAAGAAGAAGAAGAAGAAGUAGAAGAAGCAGUAGUGCAGCGCGCUACAAGUCGCUACAGUGUUGUAUUUUGUGUAUUUUUGUUGUUGUUAGUGUACUUGUGUGCGUGUUUGUGUGCGUGAUGUGUUGUGCGUGUGCCGUAGCUGCUGCUGCGGCCGCUAGGAAUCCUGCCCGGGGAAGCGCAAGGCGGGAAACAGGGCGGCAGACGAACGUUUGGCAAAGACGCUCCAACCUCAGCGAGUAAACAACUCCUCCGCGAUCAACAACAACAACAACAACAAAAAAACGCCAAACCAAAGUCGCCGUUUUGUCCACACUCAACCGCAUCGAACGAACCGGCUCCAAAAACCUGCCAACCCCCAAGCACUACUGUCCCCCAGAGCCUGUCCCCUGUCCCGCAAAAGCAAAAGGGACACCGGCAGUCAACACCGCAUGCACGGGGAAGUGUGUUAAAACAGAAAAAAAAAACGGAAACGGCCGACCAGAGACAACUGAAAAAAGACUCACACACGGCCGAGAUCCCUCCCUGGGCACUCAUAGAACGAGUAAAAGAGAGAGAGCGAGAGCGCGAGCUUGUACGCGUGACUGUGUUUUAGGUGUGUGCGUAGACGGGGCGACACGGGGAGAGGCGCGCAUGGUGGUGCUGAUGGCAUUGGUCACAAGCCCGAUCAGCAGCAGCGGCAGCAGCCCCAUCAACAACAGCAGCAACCAAGACGGCACCAAUAAUACGGACAAGAAAUCAGCGCGCGAUGAAGAGACACAAUCGAAAGUAAUCCGAGGCCGCAGCGGAUGCCCGAAGUUCAGCACCAGCCAAGGGACCAUCGCCUUGAUGCUUGGGUCAGGCGAGCAUCUUCGUGCCUCGUGCGAGGAUCAACUCACGGCUACCAACAUCACCGCCGCUGCUGUCGAUCCGGCCGUCGACAACGCCGACAGCGGCGGCAGCAGCAGAAGCAGCAGCGCCGCGAAUGACGAUGCACCGGCAACGAGCAAUGGGGCCGACGGUGGCGGCAUCGGCACGGCGGACACCGGCGAGGGCAAGGUGGAAGGCAGAGCGCCCAGCCGACCGGCGUCCUCGUGCAGCAGCGGCAGCAGCUCGUCCUCCUCCGACAUUCAGCAGCACCUGCAGUCCAUGACCUGCCUGCUCCGGCCGGAAGAAACGCUCAAGAUGGCGGUGAAGCUGGAAUCGUUGCGGACGGGUCGCACCCGAUACUUGGUGGUGGUGUCGCGCACCGUCACCAGCAAGCGCCAUAGCACCGCCGGCACCACGCCGUACCAUGGGGCGAGCGGUGGCACCAGUUCCUCGAUCGGUAGCAACGCCGCCUCCUCCUCCACCUUGCAAAUGGUCGCGGCGGCGGCGGCGGCGGCGACACCACCCGCCACGUAUGCCACAGUUGCGUCCCAGCAGUUCGGUCGCGUCAGCUCGACUGUGCCGUCUGGGCAACAGCAACAACACUUGCGCCACAGCGGUAGCAGCAGCAGCAGCAGCGAAACGUUUAACGGCAGCGACACGUACGUGUCCAGCCUAGACAACUGCGUCCUGAGCGUUGGCUGCUCUGCCGGUGGCGGUCGGCUACCGCCCACCGGUGGCAACGCAGCGCCAACGUGCAGAAGCGAUCAAUGUGAUAGUAAAGCUAAUAGUAGGUUAAUCAGUAGCACGGUAAGCGUGGACGCGGUAACGUCGCCAGAUUACGUCGGUGUGCCGUUCGCUUCCCCGAGCGGUGUUGUGGACGAUGUGACGACGAUCGGCGGCGAUAGGCGAAGCUGCGCGAUCGAUUCGACGUGCUUGUACGAGCCCGGUGAGCAGCAGCUGCAUCCAGCCAGCAGCAGCACCAGUGCCAUCCCCGUGGAAGGAGGGAAAAAGCUCGAAGAGUCCUGCCUGCUCGGCAUCGACUGCAACGAGCGGACGACGGUUGGCUUGGUGCUGAAGGUGCUCGCUGACACAUCCAUACGGUUAGACGGUGACGGUGGCUUUAGCGUUAGCUCCUGUGGCAAGCAGCACAUCUUUAAGCCGGUGUCGGUACAGGCGAUGUGGUCGGCGCUGCAAACCCUGCACAAGGCCUCGUUUAAGGCGCGCGAGCACAACUUCUUUGCCGGCGGCCCGUCCCACGACUGGGUGGCGUACUACGAGGCGCACAUCGACUCGGACCGCUCCUGUCUGAACGAGUGGAACGCGAUGGAUUCGCUCGAAAGCCGCCGCCCGCCGUCGCCUGGCUCGAUACGCAACAAACCGACCGAACGAGAGGAAACGGAAAGUGUGAUACGCUCGAAGCUGAAGGAGGUGAUGAUGUCGGUCGAUCUGGACGACGUGACGUCCAAGUUCAUCCGUGGCCGGCUCGAGGAGCUGCUCGAUAUGGAUCUGGGCGAGUACAAACCGUUCAUCGACGCGGAGAUGCUCGUCAUCCUGGGCCAGAUGGACGCACCGACCGAGAUCUUCGACCACGUCUAUCUCGGCUCGGAGUGGAACGCCAGCAAUCUGGAGGAGCUGCAGCGUAACGGCGUCCAUCACAUACUGAACGUGACGCGCGAGAUCGACAACUUCUUCCCCGGGCUGUUCCACUACUGCAACGUGCGCGUGUACGACGACGAGAAGACGGACCUGCUGCGGCACUGGGACAACACGUUCAAGUUCAUCUCGCGCGCCAAGAUGGAGGGCUCGAAGGUGCUGGUGCACUGCAAGAUGGGCAUCAGCCGGUCCGCGUCGGUCGUUAUUGCGUACGCGAUGAAGGCGAACGGGUGGGACUUUGGACAGGCGCUGCAGCACGUAAAGGAGAAGCGGAGCUGCAUCAAGCCGAACAAGAACUUUCUGAUGCAGCUGGAAACGUACCAGGGCAUGCUGGAUGCGAUGAAGAACAAGGAGAAGCUGCAGCGCAGCAAGAGCGAAACCAACCUGAAGCUGACCGGCGCGAAGGAGGGCCGCUCGCUGCCCGGCAGCGAACCGACGCCCCUGAUACAGGCGCUCAACGGGGCGAGCAGCGGUGGUGGUGGUAGUGGCGGCGGUAAAAAGCACACCUCCUUCCCGAUCGUGCACGCGCUGGGGAAAGAGGCAGCCGCUGCGGCGGAGAAGGCAGCAGCUGCGCCAGAGGAGGACCCGAGCGCCGACGGCGUGGAUGAAGGUGAUGCCGGCCCGUGCCGGGGUCGAACGCGCACACGACAGCUGAAGGUGGGAGCAUUCGGGCAGCAGCCAGACCAUCGGCAGGGCGAGCCGACGUCCCAUCCCGUGCCCUUGGGAGCGGCAGCGUCCGCCAGCAGCAGCAGCCCGCCCGGCCCGGCCUCGACAGCGAAGGCGGCGGCGAAAUGUUUGGCCAACCUGUACCUCCCGCAGGGCCCGUACAAACCGUGGAGCGCCUGCGACGGGCGGAUCUGUACGCGGGCGGCGGGUGCGCUGAAGCGCCACAAAAGCCUGUCGCCCGAAUCGCUCAAUCCACGCUGGCCGGACGAUGCGGAGUUUGCCGGCUCGUCGCUAGCGUAUGCGGAGCAGCCGUUUGCGGACGCGAGUAAGGCGUCGCGCACCCGCACCAUGCUCGAGCUGGACAGUGCGGGCGACGCGGGCGGACCGGCCUCGGCGUCCGGGCGGCGCAAGCAGCAGAGCUACUCGCUCGAGCACCUGCACGGCGGGGCGCUCGAGAUGCGGUCGCCGUGCACGCCCGAGACGAAGACGAUAAGGAUGCCGUGCGGCAACGGGCAGAACUACAGCGUGUCGCCGAACCAGAUAGUGCACUUGCAGGACAAGAUGCCGUCGCGGUCGGUGCGCCAGCCCGGUACCUCCGUGAAGCCUGCCCUUGCCGGCAGCACCACCACGCCGAAUCGAACGGACAGCUUGCUGCGGAAACUGUUCCCCGCCGGCAGCAGCAGCCACGUGGGAGCCGGCCAGGAAGCUGCCGCCGGAUCCUCGCCAGUGCAGUCACUUACUACAACAGUGCCAUCCAACAACACCACCACUAGCAGCAGCAGCAGCAGCAGCAGCAGUAGCGUCAUCCCCUUGUCGUCGUCUGCGUCUACUGCCUCGUUGCCGGUGUCCACGGUCAAAACAAUCGUCAGCGAGCUGGAGUGUAACAGCGGUAGCGCCAACAUACCGAUCGCGCCGCCACCGCUGCUGACGGACCCGGGCGCCGCACUGGCGGUCAGCGUCCCGAUACCGAUCGCUUCCGUGGCGGCGGAGGCUGCAGCAGUCGCCGUUGCCUCGGCAAUACGCGAAGCGUCACGCAAGAACGUCGUGCUGGACGGUGGUGCGGAUACGCCGCUCACAGCUGCAGCGGACGCGAACAGUUCCGCCCAGUGGGAUCCGGGAGAAGCGAUCGCGCCGUCGGCCGGUGAGAUUAAGACCGCCGAACCACCCCCGAUCUGCUGGACGUCGUCCGCGCAAAUCAUACAGCAGUGCAGUGGGACGGCAGCGUUCGUGGAGCCGGUCGAGCCGGCAAGCAGCAGCAGUGUGGAGGUCUGCGGAGCAGCGGAGCCCGUGGCGGAGCAGCAGGGCGUUAUGCGCCAAUGCUCCUGGAGCAGCUGCGACUCCAGCUGUGCCGGCAUCGUGGACGGUCCCUUCGUCGCCUGCUUCGGCCAGCGGUGCGUACCCGCCGGCGGUGGGGCUGCCCGAAGCGGCAGUGCGCCGCCCCCGAUCGAGGAGAAGGAAGACAUCCCCUGGCACCCGGGCACGGUGAAACGCACGAAGAAACGCAUCGAAGAGCGUGGCUCGAACGCGGCAGCAGCGACUAGCAGCAGCAGCAGCAGCAGCACGUUGAAAUGGACCGGCCCGGCCUCGGAAAAGGUUCCAGCCCCGGUCGGGCACGAACCGGCGCACAACCUCCCAUCGGCCGAUCCCCUCCACCUGCCAACGAACCGUGCCCGUCAGGGCAUGGUUUCAUCGAACUACGCUCGCCUUUCCGCCUCGGCGCCCGACUCCUACAACAUGUACGCCGGCAGCCGAGCGGGUUCAACCAGCGGGCCGGCCCUGGACCCAGCGCCGGCCGCCAAACGCCAAACCAAGCUGAACCAGCAGCAUUCGUUCGCGGCUGCGGUCAACCUGCUGGCGCGGACGGGCGAACCGGGCGCUGCCGCACCGUACUGCUUGCGGGUGAACGUGCGCGGCAGCACGGCCACCCGGCAGCCGCAGAAGCCGGAGGAGGCCGCGGACGAGGAGGAUGCGUUCAGUGCGGGCAAGGUGCGCAAUCUGAAGAUGAACUUCGAGGCGAAAUCGAACGAUCGGCGCACGGGCCAGAAAAAGGUACGAUCGCUGCCGUCCUCCCCAGUCGCCGUGCACGUGUCGAUGGGCGGCCAGCCGAAGCAGCAGCAGCUCCACCAACCCAUCGCCACCACGGCCACACCGCCCAGCACGGUGGCCGCGUCCAGCCCAGCGAAACCGCUGCCCGAAGACGUGACGGUGCGCGACCUGGUCGAUCGGUACGAGGUGCACGGGCCGCGCAUGCGGCCCACCGGCAGCAACUCGCUGUCCCGCGCCCAGCGGCCCCGGUCCGUGUUCGAGCCGCUCAAGCAGGGCGGCAAAGCGUGCGUGCAGGCGCCGGGCCCGCUGACACACUCCACGUCACAGCUGCGGCUCGACGAAACGAUGCGCCCGCCGGUGCCGCCGAUCGUGCGCGGCUUGGUCAUACCGGCGCACGGUGCGGGCGGCGCCAGUUCGACCCACUGCAGCAACAACAAUAGCAGCAGCAGCACCACAACCACCGGCAACAGUCACACGUACAUCGGCGCCGGGCCCAGUAUUAGUACCAGCAGUAACGUCCGGAACAACAACAACAACAACAACGCACGCUCGGCCGUGUCGCAGCAGGGUGCGGGCGGCAGUGCAGCCGAAGGAAGGGGAGUGGCGCUCAGUACGGUAGGGGGCGGCAAGCGCAUGCAGCAGCAUGGCCGGACGCACCCGCUCGCGAAGAUUAGUCCGGGCGCGCGGCAUCACCACCAUCAUCACAUCGUGCAUCACCACUACACGGUCGGGCCGCUGCAGCAGCAUCGGCACAUGGGUGCGGCCCCGGGACCGCCCGUGUCCGGCACGACGGGACCGGCCGCGACAACGGUCACCGCCAACGCGUACAACACGAUGUGAGCACAAGACCGGAGAGAGAGAGAGGAUAGCGAUGCUUUCUUUCUUUCUUUUUUUUUAAUACGCCGCGUAACUCCCAAAACCACACGGAGCUUCGUAGUGAUAGUGAACGAUGCGCCCGUUGCGUUCUAUAUCUUUUUUAAAAUUACUUUUUGAACGAUUUUUGUCAUGUUCAUCGAUUUCCGGUCAGUUUAGUGAGACGAGGGCCACGAUAGGAGAGGAGACGGUCACUAUUAGGUAGCCUGAGCGAUAUCGUGCGAAAGAGUUGGGGAGCCUGAGGGAGUGUAGAGCAUGAGCCGGCAGAGUGCCCAAGAGCCGCGUAUUUAUUUUAUAACGCUUUAUGCAUCGUGCGUCCAAAUUGAUUCGUAUAUAUAUAUAUUUUUUUGGUUUUGCUCCAUAUUCUAGAAUGUUGAGCCUUCAUCAUGCUGCGCGUGUGUGAGUAUGUUUGAUGCUGUAAUUAUGAUUAAUGUAGCUCCAUUUGUCACGCUGUAUACUCGAUGCCUCUCUUUGCCUUUCUCUCUUUCUCUCUCUCCCUCUCUCUCUCUCUCUUACUUUCUUUCUCUCUUUCAUACUUACACAUACGCAUACAUUGUGUUAUAUUUUUAUUGAGUCUUUCUUUUUUCUCAGACAAAAUUGUGUCUAUUUUAGUAGUACGCCCCCUUUCCCAGUAAGGAUAACAGAUGCGUUUACGUUAACGGUGCAAUAGUUGCAGAACAGUGGUGAAGUUAAUUUAAAGACAGAAUCAAGCCAAACACAGCCACAGGUCACUCGAAAACAAUGGCGUGGCAUUGUAACACUCCCGUCACAAUAGUUAGGUCCUGCGCGCGUCGUCGAUGUUAUGCGUUUAGUGAUGCAUGGUUGCAUUUAUGUUAUUUUUUGUUUAUUAUUUUUAAAUUUUAUUUCUUUUUUUUUCACAUACACACGCACUGUAAAGCUCUCCUCCGCCGUUCGUCUGUGUCAUUCAGUUAGCAUUGCCUCCUUCCUCUGUGUUUUUUAAAUCCCGGUUCUCUACUCUGUUCGCACACUGGGGGGUUUUCUCUGUCCGUUAUUCGUUCUUGGCUUAACUAUUGAACCGAUACGCUAAUGCUGUGCUAGUAAUGAUGAUUGUCGAAUUUACACACACACCCGCACACAUCGUGGGGAUCUUGUGCUGGGUCUCCGAACUCCCGACACCAGCAUGAAAGGGACGUCCAAUUUAUAAUUAACUGAUGAUGAUUUAAUAUUUAAAACCGACUGCAAUCGCUUUGCUUCCGCCAGGUCAUAAUUCUGAGUCUGAUUUUGGGCCGCGAGCCGCGCAAAUGCAAACAGCCUAGACAAUAUACGCAAUGCUUGAAUAGUGUGCGCACUGCUAGAAGAUACAUAAACGUUACGUAUUUUUAUUUUAGUUGGUUUGUUUUUUUUUGUUCAUUUAAUUGAAUUAUAUCUUUCAUAGCACACGCCUUUCUGCCUCUCUAAAAGUCUUGAAACGUCCUAGUCAAACGAAAAACAAACAAACAAAGAAUGCAAACACACACACACACACAUCCAAAAAAACCGAACCAAAAACUUUGCCUUUGUUUGGCGUACAUACAUUUAAUUUCGCAAUCCGUUAAAAUCAUUCCAGUCAAUCUAUUGCAAAACAUUUGUUUUACCUUAAUUCCUUCCCACUGCUUUGUGUCUAGCCAGUAGUAACCGGUACUGCACUUUCUUUGUCCGGUUUUUGGUUGUUGUUUUUUUGGUUUUGUGUGUCUGGUGAUCUACUUUGUUCUGUCGCGUGUGUUUCCUCCUUUACCCUUUUCUUUCGCACAAAAAGCAGCAACGCGCAUCGCAAGAUCGGGGAGAAGAAAACAGCGCAUCCAUUUAGGUUUGGUAGCCUCAUUUGGUAGCCUUUUUAAAAGAAAAAAAAAAUCGGAACUCACGCUGAGUGCUGCCCCUUCCGGCUAGGUUAGUAAAUACGUUAGUUAUACGGUUUUUUUUUGUUCUAGCUUAAUCAGCAGUGAAAGAAAACAAACACUACAAUACGCUCUAUACUGCAUUUUCCAAUCACACUGCAAGUUUGCUUGUUGCCUUUAGUGAUAGUGAUUUAGGGAUCUUUUUUUAAUAUUUUUAUACCAGUAUAUGUCAAACUAUUGUUCGUGUGUGUGUGUGUGUGUUUGUGUGCGUAUUUGUGUGCAUAUACUCGUCCCUUGUACAUAUGCUAGGCUAGAGUUGGAAGAAGAGCGUGAAUCGAAAUCGAAAUAACGAUAAGGCUACUCAACCUUUCACCUUGUAA